AUGCUGCCUCCUGUGGAGGAGUCGGUGCUGCAAAACAACCCUGACUUUGCGAAGCUGUACAAGAUCCUGACUACGGUCGUUCUCAACGAGGAUGGAUCGAGCAAGAGCGACGUCGGGGCGAAACAGCGGGAGGCUGCUCAGCAGGCAAGAUACACGGCACCUCAGGCACCAGCAGCCGAUGUGAAGUCAGGAGCUGCAGCAAGAAGGGCAGCCAGGGCGAACUCGGCGCGUCCUUCGAUGGUGAUGAGGGAGGAGGCACCGCAGGAGGCAGUGCCACAGGAGCUGGCAGAUCUGCUAGUGCUGUUGCCGGCUCUGCUACAGCGGGAGCGUGAGGGGAGCGGUGGUGCAGGCGAGGGAGCGAGGCUGUCGAACGACGACGUGGCUCUGCUGAUGGCGAGUCCUCCGUUGUCACGGUUGCCGGAGCACCUGCCGCGGCUGGCCCAGCUGGUGUCGGCGAACCUGCAGGCGGCAGCGCUGGCACUGGUGCGGGUGGCGAAUCCGAUGACGAACCCGUCGUAUCUGCACCGCGGCCAUGGGCCGGUGGGCCGAGCAUUGGAGCUGCGGGCGGCCGAGGUGGCGCUGGCGGCACAGACGAGCGAAGUCCAGGCGCGAUCAGCACUGGCGACCGGCCGGCGCGUCCUCUACCCGCCCGAGGCCGUGGCUGCUUUGCGGCGCUAUGCUAACCAUCUGCGAGACGGCCGGAUGCGGCUCGACGAGGCGCUUCGCGAACGGAGAGCCGUGCUGGCUGACUACGGCAUCGAAGUCGACUCAGAGGAUGAAGCAACGGCAGCAGCAGGAGGCUCCGAAGCAGAUACCGAGGCAGAAGGAAGGCAGCGGAAGACGGGCGCACUGACCGGAAAGGAAAAGACAAUGCGCGAGAUGGCCCGCGUCUACCGGCAGAUGGAACAGCAGAUGCAGGAAGUGCAGAGCGACUUGGCUCGGCUCGGGAGGGCGUGA